UUCAUAGAGAAUGAAUUAUCAUUAUAAUUGAUUAGUUUCAUCAUCAAAUUGUAUUUCUUCUUAAAUAUUUUUCCACUAAGUUUAUUAAGAUUACUGAGUUCAUUGCGUCUAAAAAGCGUUAACAAGUGACAGAAUAGCCUGUAUCUACAAUCUUUUGAAUUAGUUGACAAAUCAUUAAUCGCCUGCUCCAGUGCCUUUAUUCGUCAAGUAUAAAUGUUCGAAAGCUGAGAUUUCCCAGAAUAUUAUAUUAAAAGAUAGUAAACAUGUUUUGGAAACAUAAUGCAAACUCCUCUUCGGAAAUAGAGGCCCUUCUUGGAAAAGAGGAUAUAACUCUUAUGGAAGUUAUGGAUUCGGAUGACAUUAUCAAUGAAUGUAGAGUUCAAAAUAAGGCCUUAAUAGACUUUUUACAAAAGCCAAAUAUAAUGGAAGAAUUGGUAAUAUUAACUACUAAUGAGCCACCUAUAGAACUAGAAGAUCAUAUACGCUACAAAUAUCCAAACAUAGCAUGCGAGUUAUUAACAUGUGAUGUUCCUGCUCUCAAUGAGAGACUUGCUAGUGAUGAAUUACUUCUGGAUAAAUUAUAUCAUUUUCUGGAUAGAGAGCCACCAUUGAAUCCACUAUUGGCUUCAUUUUUCAGUAAAAUUAUGGGUGCCCUUAUUGCAAAGAAGACUGAGCAAAACUGGUUGUCCUAUCAGUUUACUUGCUUACAGGUCCUAGACUUUUUAAAAGCCAAGGACACGUUUAUAUCAUUACUGCUCAAACAUAUAGGCACAUCAGCUAUAAUGGAUCUCAUGCUCAAGUUAUUUACUCAAGUGGAAGGCAUUGAAACUAAGCAGAAUAUAUUGAAUUGGUUAGACAGCCAACAAAUUAUACAAUCUUUAGUCUCUAUGUUCAAUCCUAGCAUUGAUAAAGACAGACAUUAUAAUGUAGCUCAACUUUUAUGUGAUUUCAUAAGAAUUGCAAGAGAAAAUCAGAAAAAUUCUUUGGAGAGGGCUGAUCCAGAUCCUCUGCUCAAUACUCUUGAAUCUUCUGAAAUAGUUGAUUUGUGUUUGGAAACAAUACUUACUGGAGAAAAAUGCGAGUCUUCCACAGUCGGAGGUAUUCAGGUUUUACUGGGGCUUCUUGAUGUUAACCAAACCAGUAUUUCUAAAUUCAAUUCAAUAACAAGCUAUAACGAUAUAAAUGAUGAAGCUAAUGAUAUUCAACAUAAGGAGAAAGUGUUAAAUAAUAUUACUAAAGUCCUAAUUGGAAAAGUAGCUGAUUUUCACAAUAUACUAUUAGAUCCACCAAAGCAAAUGCCAUUGGAACUUACUUUUGGUGUACUGGAUCCUCCUCUGGGUCAAACUAGGUUACAAGUAUUAAAGUUAUUCGUUUCAGUGAUAUCAUCUAAAAAUAAUGAUUUAUUACAUAAAAUGAUGUCCUUGGGAACUUUUUCAACAAUGUUAGAUCUGUUCUUCAAAUAUUCAUGGAACAAUUUUCUUCAUACACAAGUAGAAAAGUGUUUAGUGCUUGCUCUAAAUAUUUACGUAACUGAAGAUAGUGAUGAUACUGCAGUUGCCUUAUGUAAACAUUUAAUAGAAAAUUGUAAACUAAUAGAAAGAAUAUUAAAAGCUUGGGAGGAGAAUGAUGAACAGCAAAAAGCCAAAAGUGUUCGUCAGGGUUAUAUGGGCCAUUUAAUAAAUAUAAUGAAUGAAAUAAUAAUUUCUUCUUCAGAGAGUUACUUAGGUCAAUUCCUCAAAGAAUACCAUCCAGAAAUUCAUGCCAAGUUAGAAGACUUUAAACAAAAUACCCUUGCUGAAAUCAACAACAAACAAACAAUCUUAUUGGGUGGUUUUCAUCCUAAUGGAUCUAGUAACAAAGAUAGUGGUGACUUUGGAGAUUCAAGUCUCCCGAAUUCUCUUGCUUCCCAACAGCAGCAGCUGUAUGCUGAAUACCAAAUGCAGUAUCUCAGUACAAGAUACAUAGAAGGUUAUUAUAGUGGAUUCACUGAUGAUGCGUUCAACGAAGGAGGAAACACACUUCAGUCCUUAGAUCCAGAGAUACCUAUAGUGGAUAUGAAUUUUGAUUUCCCAGAGAAUAAUGCUCUUGCAAGUCAAGCGUUCAAACAUCUUUGUUCUCAGAGCAUUAAUACAUUAGAUGAUGCUGAUGAUCAGAUUUUUGAAGAUAAAGAUCAUACUUUCCAGACAGUUAUUGAGAAACAAGAUCAGAAGGAAGAUAGGCUUGACAGUAGUGAUAGCGAUGAUGAUAUUACAACUGAAGAUGAUAUGGAUCCCUGGUCAACUGUGAAAACUGAUGUUGAAAAUCUAAAAACUCCAGAAGAUCCAUGGAAUUCAUCUUUUGAAAAAAAAAACUUGGAAACUGAAACAUGGGCUGAUUUUUCGUCAGCCUCUUUUGAAGCUGAUUUUAGUAAUACAUUUAAUAAUCAAUUUCCAACUAAUAAUGUAAAUGAUGAAAGCGCUGAACAUAGUGUUGAUUUUUCAAAAGUUUCUAGUGGGGAACUUGAAAAGAAAGAUAUGGCUAAUGAACAGAAUGUAUCUGUAAUAAAAGAAACAAUCAAUAAUGAUCAGAUAAUUGGAGAUGUAGAUACUUCAAAUAUUCCUCAAAUGAAUGAACAUGAAACUGCAAAGAGAGAACAAGAGAAUGAAAUUGAACUUGAUGAAUUAACUUUAAAUGAAGAGUCUAAGGUUUCGAACAGUGGCCUGCUUGAACAGAAAUGUCAUGAUUCUACUAAAACAGAUGAAUGAUGUAGCAACAUAUCAAGGAAUGAGUUUCAGAGAUUGAAUUCCUGAAAAAAAAUAUUUUUCCACCCUUCUGAAGCAAUUAUUUGUGGAAUUGUUUUUUUCUAAAUUGACAUUAUUGAUUAGUGUAAUCUUCUUAUUUUCGAUUGUCUUUAAAUAAUUUUACCUAUCAUUAGAAAUACUUCACUCAAUAAGUUUUGUUAUAAUUUCCUUCAUAUUUUAAGUAUUUUCCAAAUACAUGGAGAUUUUUAAGAAUAUAUUUUAUAUAAAAUAUUUUUUUUGUUUUAAAAACUAUUAUUACUACCUAAAUUUUAAUUUUUUUAUAUAAUAAAGUAUUUUCUCUUUGACACUCAAUUAAAAUUAAAUGAUUAUAUCUCUUUUUUUGAAUAGAUAAGUUUGACAUUUGGUUGAAUAUAUUCUAAGAAAAGUUAAAUUAGCUGAAUUGAACACCAUACUAAUUCAAAGAAAAAUUUGAGUUGAUGUUUAUUUUUUUUUUUUUCACUAAGGGAUAAUUUUCAGAGGAGUAGAGAAUUUCAAUAAACAGAAAUAUAAAGAAUACUCUUGAAAGACGUAUCUAUAUAUUCAUAAUAGAUGCAUGUGCUUUGUACAUACUUUUCAGUAUUUUGCUGGAAAAACCUCAAUAUUCUUUUACAACAGUGGAAUAUUGGAUUAUAUCUCUGCAGUUGAAAAUAAAAUAUAAGGACAUAUUGUACUUGAACUAAAGUAAUAAAUUAUUCAAUUCUGAUGCAGUGCCUAACAUUGAGUGUAUAUUUUGGAAUAUUAAGCAUAAUUGAAUUUUUUUAACACAUUUUUAAUUCCAAUUCAACUACUGAAUGUAUUUAUAUCAUAUUUAUUAGGAAUCAAUUGAAAACUUUGUAAAAUUAUUCAAAAAUGAAAGGAAUUAAAAUCCUUAACAUUUGCCAAUCUAUAUAUUAGUUGCAGUAAAGUGAAUAUUGGAAAAUUGUAUGUUUUACCAUUUAAUUUGAAUAAAGCUUGAACAAUAA